AUGGGACCGAUGUGCCAAUAUUUCCCUCGAAAUGUUCAAGCCUACAAUAUAAAUCGUUUCAAUCUGGAUUUCCAAGUCUGGAUAUCUCCAUCUAUCACCAUCGAGGAUAAAAAGAAGAUCGUCGAGGAGCGCCUCGCCGCCUACGCCGCCAAGAAGUCGGCCAAGCCAGGACCGAUCGCUAAGUCGUCGAUCAUCCUCGACGUGAAGCCAUGGGACGAUGAGACCGAUCUCGGUGAGAUGGAGAAGCUCGUCCGUGGAAUCGAGUUGGACGGACUUGUCUGGGGAGGUGCCAAGCUCAUCGCCAUCGGAUACGGUAACCAUUUUACUCAUCCCUUCUAAUAUGAAUUGUCUUUUCUUCCAGGAAUCAAAAAGCUCCAGAUUAUCUGCGUCAUCGAGGAUCUCAAGGUCUCCGUUGAUGACCUCAUCGAGAAGAUCACCGGAGACUUCGAGGACCACGUUCAGUCCGUUGACAUCGUCGCCUUUAACAAGAUCUAA